AUGCUCUGUUUCUGUCAGGACAGUAGUGAGGCAGCUGAUGGAGCUGGCCCCUGGGAUGAAGAAGUCACCAAGUGGUGGGGAGAGUGGAGCUCCUGGUCUACCUGCUCCCGGUCCUGUGGGGGAGGUGUGAUGUCCCGGGAGAGGCACUGCUUGCAACAGAGGCUCCAGAUGCCCCAGGGAACAAACAGCACCAUGUGCGUUGGUCAAGCCAAGCACUACCAACUGUGCCAGCAGCAGCCCUGCCCAGCCAACACAGCAAGCUUCAAACAGCAGCAGUGCUCCAGUUUCAAUGCCAAAGCCUUUGGGAAGCGCUACUAUCACUGGAUGCCUCUCUAUCCAGAUGACUACACCAGUAUCUCCAACAAGCCAUGUGACCUCCAGUGCACCACUCGGAGUGGAGAGAGGCAGCUGAUGGCCCGAGCACAGGAUGGUACCUCCUGCAAAGACAGGACCUAUCAAGGGGUCUGCAUCAAUGGGAAGUGUGAGCCAGUUGGGUGCGAUGGGAGCCUGUACUCACCCCGGACGAUGGACAGAUGCAGGGUGUGUGGAGGGGACGGCAGCACUUGCCACCGUGUCUCGGGCAGCUUCCGAAAGGCAAUCUCACAGAUAGGUUACGUGUUCAUCACCAACAUCCCUGCUGGUGCCACAGACAUCCUCAUCAUUGAGCGCAGAAAAACAGAAAACAUCCUAGCACUCGCAGAUGAAUCCGGGCAUUUCUUCUUCAACGGCAACUCCGCCAUUGACAACCCCCAGAACUUCAGGGUAGCUGGCACGAUCUUCAAGUACCGGCGGCCCUCGAGCCUGAACUCAGAUGGGCUGGAAUAUAUCAUAGCUCAUGGGCCCACUAACCAGUCUCUGAAUGCCAUGUACUAUAACUUUAAUGGGAAAAUGCCACACAUAACUUAUGACUACACGGUACCACGGACGCCACCUCUCCGAACUGCAGCCCCUGCUGUAGACAGACCUCUCUAUCAUCACCUACCAGAGACCAGCCAGAACCAUCCCAUUCCAGCCAACUCCAGAGCUGCUCAGGACUUCAAUGCCACGUGGCUCUCCCUGUUACCAGAUGUCACUAGUGAACAGCUUCCUCUAAGAGAAGGGCAUGAAGAUUUAGGCUUCAGCCACCCGCACUUCUUCCAAACCAACUCCACUAGUCAGACGCGGGACUGGGACUGGGAACAAGGUGAAGAGAAGAAGUAUGACUUCCAGAUAAGACAGGUCUACCAUGCAAACACAGGAGAGGAAGAGGAGGAGGAAGCAGCAGCAAUUGGUGGAGAAACAGAGGAGCUGCAGCACCUGGCAGCCAGGCUGGCCCCGAGGAACUCCACAGCAGGACUAUGGACCGAGACAGCUGCCCGGUGGCCACAGGGCCUCCACAAGGCGCCGGCCCGUAAGAACUCACUGGAGGACUUGAAGGUGGAGGCAUUUGCUGGGAGUCAGGGGGAAGCGGCCAACUACAGCAUGAUGGCAUCUGCGGAGAGCCCUUUGCUAGGUGCCAGCCCAACCGCGGACAUCAGCCAGGCAGAGCCUCUGCAAGCCCCUGGCACUGAAAGCAAUGAAUUUGAUGUAAGCCCCGUGGGCCAUGAUGACAUCAGCUUGGCUGACAUGUAUCGGUGGAAAGUCUCGGCUUAUGCCCCCUGCAGCUCCACAUGCACUUCAGGUAUCAGCACCUCCUAUGCAAUGUGUGUCCGGUACGAUGGAGUAGAAGUGGAUGAAACGUACUGCGAUGCCCUAACCCGACCAGAACCUACUCAUGAAUUUUGCACAGGGAGAGAUUGCCAGCCUAGGUGGGAGACGAGCCGGUGGAGCGAAUGCUCCAGGACCUGUGGUGAGGGCUAUCAGUACCGUACUGUGCGCUGCUGGAAGAUGCUGGCUCCAGGCUUUGACAGCUCCGUUUAUGAUGAUCUCUGUGAGUCAGCUGGGCUGGCCAGGCCCAUGGAGAGGAAAGCCUGCAAGAACAAGGCCUGUGGGCCCCAGUGGGAGCUCUCCGAGUGGUCUGAGUGUUCAGCCCGGUGUGGCACACAGGGGACGAUGAAGCGGGAGGUGCGCUGCUCGGUGGAAGCACCCCUCUGCGAUGAGUCCCGGAAGCCCAGCAGCGAGAAGGCAUGCACAGGCCCACCCUGCGACCGCCGCUGGACCACUUCAGAUUGGGGCCCGUGCUCAGGUUCGUGUGGUGAGGGACGCAUGAGCCGCUUUGUUGCAUGUCGCAACCUGGAGGGCAAAGUGAUCUCCAACUCGCAGUGUGACCCAGCCACCAGGCCCCUGGCUGUCCAUCCAUGUGGAGACAAGAACUGCCCUGCACACUGGGUGGAGCAGGAGUGGGACCAGUGCGAUGCCAGCUGUGGGCGAGGGAUGAAGACCCGGGUUGUCUUGUGCGCAGGUCUGGAGAAUGGUGUGUACAGGGAGUACCCCGAGAAGCGCUGUGAAGCCUCUCAGAAACCUGAGGAACAAGCUGCCUGUUUCAGGAGGCCAUGUUCAACGUGGUUCACUACCUCCUGGUCUCAGUGCAGCAAGACGUGUGGUGCUGGUGUGCGACUGCGUGAGGUGAAGUGUUACCAGGGGGAAGCGUUGGCUCAGGGCUGCGACCCCACUUCCAAACCAGAAGCCAGGCAGACGUGCCAGCUCCAGCCGUGCCCCACAGAGGCACCAGAAGAAGACUGUGAAGACAAAGCGACGGCCAACUGCGUGCUGGUGCUGAAGGUGAAGCUGUGCUCUCACUGGUACUACAGGAAGGCUUGCUGCUGGUCAUGUCGACUCAAGUCACCCUGACUGCUGCCAGGCCGUUCUUCCCUUCCAAAUUCAGGGGCAAAGAGCCCCCUUGAGCCAGACUUUACCACUUGAAGCCACCCCACUUGGCUUGGCUGUGGAGCCAGUCCCCAUAGACCAGCCUGCUCAGUGAGGAGGGAUUCCUAGGACUUAGUCGUCACUGUUCCCUCUCCACCAAGAGGAUUUUACACAAGACAAACCAUCGGUUCCUAGAAAGCUACUGAGAAGUGAAUUGGGGAAGCCUGUCCCUGCUGUUGUUGUCUCCGAAGAGCUCUAGUUGGAGGCGGUGGGGCGCAGAGGCCAGCCCGCAGCAGGGCACAGCCGACAGCGGCCAUCUCUCUGGUCUGCCCUGCAGAUUCUUCUACUACAAGGGCAAUUUCCAA